AGUCGCUGACCCGGAAGCAGAGGGCUCGUCGGCGCCAGGGUGGGAGGUGUCGUUAGCAGUUGGCGGGAGAGGCGGUUGCGGCGCUGCUGCUGGGCGCUUUGGGGCUGGAGAGGUAUAUAGGUCUUCAACCUGUAAAAGACAUCGAUAUCCAGAUUUAGUCCAUUCAAAAUGAAGCAAGAUUUUAUUAGAAAUGCUGCUUACACUGUGGAUUGUGAAGAUUAUGUGCAUGUGGUAAAAUUCAAUCCAUUUGACAGUGGAGAUGGAUGUUCCCUAAUUGCGUAUGGUGGCAAUAAUUACGUAGUUGUUGGGACUUGCAGAUUUCAGGAGGAGGAUGCUGAAGUGGAAGGGAUGCAGUAUAAGACACUAAGAACAUUUCAUCAUGGAAUCAGAGUUGAUGCCAUAGCAUGGAGUCCAGAAACUAGACUUGAUGCUUUACCUCCACAGUUAAGAUUUUGUACUGCGGCUUCUGAUAGGAAGUUAAGGCUAUUUACUUCAGACCUGCAGGACAAGAAUGAAUAUAAGACAUUUGAUGGCCACUCGGAUUACAUUAAUGAUCUGGUGUUUGCUCCCAAAGAAGGUCAGGAAGUUGCAAGUGUGAGUGAUGAUCAUACGUGCAGGGUCUGGGAUUUGGAAGGAAAUGAGAAGGCCCAUUUUGUUUUACGUUCUCCUGGAAUGAGUGUUUGCUGGCAUCCUGAGGAAGCUUUUAAGCUGAUGGUAGCAGAGAAGAAUGGAACAAUACGAUUCUAUGACCUGAUAACCCAGCAGGCCAUUCUGUCUCUGGAGUGUGAACAAACGCCACUGAUGUCGGCAGACUGGUGUUUAAAGAAUACUCUUAAAAUUGGAGCAGUUGCUGGAAGUGAUUGGCUAAUUUGGGACAUUGCUCGCUCAAGUUAUCCACAGGAUAAGAGACCUGUCCAUGUGGAUCGAGCCAGAUUAUUCAGAUGGUCCCGAGUGAAUGAAAAUCUGUUUGCAACCACCGGGUAUCCAGGAAAGACAACUACUCAACUCCUGGUUCAUCAUUUAGGACAUCCCCAGUUGCGGGGGGAAAAUCAUUGAGGCAAUAUCAAUUUCAUAUGGAAAGCUUUGCCAGAAUUCCCUCUUUCCAGCUGGGAGAAAAAGUGCUGCGUUACAGCUUUCUGUGCAGUAUUUUUGGCCAAAUCAAAAGCAGGAAGUACCAGAAAGUUCACAGAAGAGCCGAUUCUUGUCAGAUUUCUUGUCCAAUUUUACAGACCAAGAGAUUCAGAUAAGAUUUGACUAAGUAUCUACACUAUUAAAUUUCUUUAGCAUUGCCUGGAAAAAUUACAUUAUGGGCAUUUUUUGGUAAAUGAGAUUCUUUCUUCCUGCAUAUAACUUGUCCUUUAAGAUAAUUAAGGUGGCAAGAUAAUUCACGUAGAUAUUUUAAACAAACAGUUCCUUUUCCCAAAAAUAAUUUGCACAAUUGCUAUAGGCUAGAUUAAACCUAUUGAAUUUUGUAGGCUAACCCUGUCCUUCCUUUGAGAGAUGUGAGAGAUUGCCAAGUAUAUGUCACUGCCCUAAAACAUAGUACAAAAUCCAGGUUGUUCAAUAAUUCAAACAGUAUGGACAAAAAGACUUUGCUAUGUGGUAUUUUAGAUAAGAAAAUAAUAGAGAUAUGCGUAUGGCAAAAGGUAAGUUAAAGAAACUACUAAAUACGAAAUCGAAGAAAAGCAGCUUCAUUACAUAAAUGAGUAUUUUACUUAAUUUCGGAGUAACAGAUGUAGGUGCCCUAGUUAUGUUCCAGAUCUCAUGGAUGCUGGAAAUGGGGUUUGUAAAUUGCUUAGUGAAACAAAAUAAUUUGGAAGUAAACUGAGAAUUUAAAAUUUUUAUAAAAAUUAGCAUAGCACUUUUGAGAUAUAAUCUUAGUAGUAUUCAAGUAAUUUGCCUUUUGGUUCAUCUUAUCACAUGAAAAGCUUCCUACUGACAGCCUCAGACUAUGGUAGAUUCUUAACUGCUCUAAAUUUAGAUAGUUUUAUUGGAUUUACCAGUAUUUAGACGUAGCCAUGAGGAGUUUUCACAAGGCAUUUGCUCUGCUACACUCUAUUUGGAUACACGGCUGUUACAAAUAACCUAGGACCCCAAAUCACCGUGAUUUGUCUUGUCUUCCAGGAAUACACAAACCUAGAGUAUAAAUGAUUUAAAGUUUUUAAUUAAAAGGUUGAGCUGUUUGUUAUAGCAUUGGAACAAAAGACUGCCAACACAGUAUACAACCUCAUUUCAGGAUCUUUAGUUGCUUAAAUUCUCCAAAACAUAGCCCAGAUAUCAGGACUGAGAAUUCUGUGCCCACGAUGAGCGUGCCAAAGGUUUGCUUCUUUUCUGAAUUAAUUAUUUUUGUCUAACCUGUGAAAAAACUCUGCGAGUCAGUGACAGUUUUCACAGAAGAACAGAUACAAUCUGCAUGUACUGUUGGAGCUGAGGUUUACUUAAAACUGCUAGUGUGCCUAAUGCUCUAUUGGGAGCCAUGUAUUUGGGGAUUUAAAGGUAAUUUCUCAUCCUUCGUUCAUACUUAAUCAGCCAUGGGAUUAGAUGCAUGAUUUAUCUGUAAUUGUUAUUCCUGACUCUUCUAGAGGCAAUGUCCUAAAAUGUUUAAUGACUUCUUUUUUGAUCCUAACCAGCUGGCUGGCUGAUCAGUCCCAAAGAAUACAGAUAGCUUAGCUCAUAGAAGACCUGUUGAAGAUGCAGAAACCAAAUUAUUUAAUACAAGAUAGGGGUCAAACAUACUUUCUGUUCAAUUCACAGUCUCUUGUAUAUAACUGUAUAAAUGUAUAUGUCACAUUCAAAAUCUUAUGAGCACAGAUGGCAGAUGCAGUUAACAGUGCCAGAAGAUCAGGUCCCCUUCCUAAGCUUUUACUAUGACUAUCAGAGCGUUUCAGCCAGCAAAAUAGCUAUCUCAAUGUAUUUUUAAAGUUACAGAUCAGAUGCACAUCCAGCAGAGAAGUGUUUCUUUCUGUUGCUGUUCUCCUGAAAUGCCAAGGGUGAAGUUGCAUGACGGGAGAAUGAUCUGUAUUUUGCUACCACUUCCUGAAAGGAAAAGUCUCACUUUCCUUAACAUGGCCCCUCCCUUAUACACAGACUCCCACGUUCAAUGCACACUUUGGCUGAUUUGAGUCAACCCAUUACCCAAGCAGAAAACUCCCUCCUCUAAGGUUAGUUGUCUGCCAGGAUGGCAAUCUGAAUUGCCAUCUGACAAAUGGUAAACUGAGUGCACAGGCUGGCAGUGAGGGGUGAGAGGGAGGUGGAAAAGCCUUUCAGAUGAAGCGAACUAUUAGAGUGGUUCAAGCCAGCUUCAUAUUGGGACCCCAUAUCUAAAUGGUCUGAGUAGUGCUCUGAAAUUAGCCACAGUGGAAAAUAAUAGGAGCAAUCCCUCAGAGAUAAAGAAGAGGUUAGUUGUUUUACAGCUUGGGAAUUAUUCUGGGUGAACACCUGGAAGCAUACUGACCAUCCCCUCUUUCCUUGGAGUCUGAUACCCCUAAGUUUCUUUAGCCGAGAGAGACAGAGUAGACCUUCUUAUAGCCUAAACAUGAGAACAAAUAGAAAGCAGUGAUAAGUAUUGCUGAACAAAACAAAACAUCACCAUAUGUCAGCAUAGGAAGCACAUAUACAUCCACGUCAAAGGCAUAUUUGGAAAAUACUAACAUUAAUGUGUGGUGAAGAACUUUUCUGUAAUGAAUGACCUGCUUCAUUAUUAUUAUUACUUAUUACUGAUAUUAUUUUUCUGCUCAAGCUGACUGUGACCCCCUAUUGCUUUAAUGAUACUAUGAAUUUUCUAUGUCUUUAUUCUCAUAUCAUCUGUUAACUAUUUAAAACACUCCUAUCCA